AUGAAUAGGAACUUGAUUGAUAAUAAUAGUAUUGUUGUCAAUGAUGUAGAUAAUAGUGAUGUUAAUAGCAACUAUAGUAGCAGUAGUAUUAGCAGUAGUAUGUAUAAUAACAUCAACAAUAAUCUAAAUAUUAGUGAUAAUAAAUCCAUUGGAAGGCCUGGAUCUUCUGUAUGGAAUCACUUUACAAAAGGCGAAGGAAAAAGUAAAGGAAAGCAUACAGCUACAUGUUUAUUUUGUAAUAAAUAUUAUCCAAGAGGUACUCCAAAUGAAUUAGAGUCUCAUUUAGUAACUACAUGUAUUCAAGUUCCUUCUUCACUAAAAGAACAUUAUUUAAGAGUUAUAUCAAACAAAGAUUGUGAUUCAAGUGAUAAGAAAAGAAAAAUAGAGUCAAAUCAACGUAAAUUAACACAAUAUCAUAAAUAUUUAAAUCAUGAUAAAAUACGUGAAUUGAUGUUGUUUGCAAUUGAAUUGUGGGCAGAUAUGGGUCAUGGAAAACAAACUUCAACAAGGCUUGUAAGUCAAAUACAUUUAUAUCGUGAAAAAAAACCACCCUAUGACCUUCCAUAUGAUAAUGCAAUUUCAUCAUAUACAUGGUGGAAUUUACUAUCAAAAUCAGGUGCUGAAAAAUUAUUAGAAAAUGAAGAUAAUGAAGAAAUUGAGAUUGGAAAUGAUGAAAAUAAUGAAGAAAUCGAAGUUGAUGAUGUUGAAAGUAAUGAAGAUGCUGCAAUUAACAACCAAACAAGAUUAUUAAUUGAAGACUAUAUUAAUAUUGAUAUAAAUUUAUUUAAUUCCGAGAUUAAUAGUAGUGUAAACCAAUUUAUUGAUGAACAGGAAAUAAUUGAUGAUGAUUUAGAUUUUGAUCCAUCAAGCAUACUUGAUAUUUGA